GCUCUCUUUUUUUACUCUACCAUUUUCUUGGCUAGCUUAAAUUAAGUAACAGUACAUUUAAGAUAGCCAAGAAUAUGGAUUGGAUUUCCUCUGAUACUUCUUUGAGUACUCGCGAUAGUGUUACUAGCCAGAUUGGAUUGCUGUGGCAGCAAGUUAGAGUUCCAUUGCUUGUACCAUUUCUCAGAAUUAUGGUUGUCUUGUGCUUGGCCAUGUCUUUGAUGUUAUUUGUGGAGAGAGUUUAUAUGGGAAUUGUCAUAGCUUUUAUCAAGCUGUUGAGGCGAAAACCGGAAAAGAAGUACAAAUGGGAGCCAGUAAAAGAUGAUUUGGAGCUAGCAAAUUAUUCUUAUCCUAUUGUAUUAGUGCAAAUACCAAUGUACAAUGAAAGAGAGGUAUAUCAAUUGUCUAUUGGAGCUGCUUGUAACCUUUCAUGGCCAGCUGAUAGAAUCCUUAUUCAAGUUCUUGAUGAUUCAACUGAUCCUACUAUUAAGGCUAUGGUGGAACAAGAGUGCAGGAGAUGGACAGGAAAGGGAGUGAACAUAAAGUAUGAGAUAAGAGACAACAGGAAAGGGUACAAAGCUGGGGCACUGAAGGAAGGAAUGAAGCACAAUUAUGUGAAGCUGUGUGACUAUGUAGCCAUAUUUGAUGCUGAUUUUCAACCUGAUUCUGAUUUCUUGAUGCGAACUAUCCCUUUUCUUGUACACAAUCCUGAAGUUGGACUCGUUCAAGCUCGUUGGAAAUUCGUUAAUUCAGAUGAAUGCUUGUUGACAAGAAUGCAAGAAAUGUCAUUGGAUUACCAUUUCACAGUGGAGCAAGAAGUUGGAUCUGCAACCCAUGCAUUUUUUGGCUUCAAUGGAACUGCAGGGGUGUGGAGAAUUGCAGCACUUAAUGAAGCUGGAGGAUGGAAAGACAGGACAACUGUGGAAGAUAUGGAUCUGGCAGUUCGAGCUGGUCUCAAAGGCUGGAAAUUUGUCUAUAUUGGUGACCUUAAGGUGAAAAAUGAAUUGCCAAGUACAUUCAAGGCCUAUCGUUAUCAGCAGCACAGGUGGUCAUGUGGACCUGCUAAUCUUUUUAGGAAAAUGGCACUGGAAAUUGCUGCAAACAAGAAAGUCUCUAUGUGGAAGAAGUGUUAUCUGAUUUACAGCUUCUUCUUUGUCAGAAAAAUCGUUGCGCAUAUUGUUACAUUUGUUUUUUAUUGUGUUGUUAUGCCUGCCACCGUUUUGAUCCCUGAAGUUCAAGUUCCUAUAUGGGGGGCUGUCUAUAUUCCUUCCACUAUCACUCUCCUCAACGCUGUUGGCACGCCGAGAUCACUCCAUUUAUUGGUUUUCUGGAUCCUAUUUGAGAAUGUAAUGUCCCUUCAUCGGACGAGGGCAACGUUCAUCGGCCUAUUUGAAGCGGGUAGAGUCAACGAAUGGGUCGUGACAGAGAAAUUGGGAGAUGCACUGAAGACUAAAAUGAGCUCAAAAGCUUCUAAGAAAGAUCGUUUUCGAAUUGGAGAAAGGUACAAGCUACAUUUCAUGGAGAUUUUCGUCGGGUUGUACCUUUUGUUUUGUGGGUGGUACGAUUACUCAUUCGGAAAGAAUAGAUUCUACAUAUACCUCUUCCUUCAAAGCAUGGCCUUUUUUGUGGCUGGAUUUGGCUAUAUUGGAGUGUUUGUUCCAAAUUCUUAGCUGACUUUUUUUGGAGCAAUGUUUGAUUCAAGUAGUAAUCUUUAUUUAAAAUUUAUGAAUAAUAGUUUGUAAUUCUUUUACAAUGUGAAUAAGCAGCUAAGACAUGUAUGUAUGCUGCCUAUCACUAUUGUAGUUAUUUAUUUCAUGUAUUGGUCAAAAGAGUUAAGGUAUCAGAAGUGAAAUGGCAAAGGAGUCAUGGGACUUAUACCCUAAACAGA